UAUCCCCCGGAGGCCAGAAAAGAAAGAAAAUGGAGGCGCCCAUCUUCUCUUGUGACCCAGAAAUGCGUUCCUUUCUGUUCAUUCUCACCAUUUUCUUUGUUAUUCCACCUAUAAAUAAUGUGGACCCUGCAACAGGCCUUGCUCCCCUUAUUUCCAUCGAAGGCUAUCAGGACAAGGGGAUCCGAAUAGUUUGCCGAUCCAGUGGUUGGUACCCAAAGCCUGAGAUCCUGUGGAGAGGUCCCAAUGGGAGGCACUUCCCUUCACUGGGACAAAAAAUUUCCAUGGAGGGCAAUGGGUUGUUUGAGGUGCAGAACGACAUCAUCCUAACAGGAAGUUCAAAUCAUAGCCUAACCUGUGUGGUCCGGAACAGCUUCCUCAACCAGGAAAAGGAAUCAACUAUUCAUAUAGCAGAUCACUUCUUCCCCAAGAUCUCUCAGUGGAUAGCUGGUUUGUGUGUCUCCCUCUUGGCUCUUCUCGGUUUCAUUCUCCUCCUCCUUUACCUGUUUAAUAUAAACAGAAAGCUUUCUGCAGAACUGAGUUGGAGGAACUUGGUGAUGCCAAUCAAAAAAGCAAAUGUAACCCUGGAUCCGGACACAGCGAACAACGAGCUCAUCCUGUCUGCGGACCGGAAGACCGUCAUACAAGGCUUCACGUGGCACAGCCUGCCUGACAGCCCCCUGAGAUUCAGCCUCGAGCGCUGCGUUUUGGGAAGCGAGGGCUUUUCCUCAGGAAGGCACUACUGGGAAGUCGAGGUGGGCGAGGAGGGGUACUGGGCCGUGGGGCUGGCAAGGGGUUCCGUGAAGAGGAAGGAGUGCCUCAGCCUUGACCCCAGCGAAGGGAUCUGGGCCGUGGAGAAGUGCCGGGUCCAGUACCAAGCUCUCACCGUCCCUGAGACGCCCCUGUCUUUGCGGAAGAGACCCAGGAAACUUGGGAUUUACUUGGACUACGAGACGGGGCAAGUGGCGUUUCAUGACGUCAACCACAAGACACCCAUCUUCACUUUCCCCUCCGCUGCUUUCGACGGGGAGGUGGUCUUCCCUUUCCUGCACGUCGGGGUGGGAUGCUGGCUUCGACUGUGCCCGAGAAUUUCCUUGUGUGAGGCUUAACGGGCAAGCAAGGCAUGACACAGCGGACUUGGAAGGCACCUCAAAAGUCAUCUCUGCUUAUGCACUGGGGACGGGGUGUGUGCAUCUAUCGUUUUAUGUUUUACUGUGCUUUUAAGUAUUUUGUGGGGAGACUCCUAGAGCAGGGGUAGGCGAUCUAAGGCCCAAUCGCCUUCUCAAUCCGGCCUGCGGACGGUCCCGGAAUCAGCGGGUUUUUACCUGAGUAGAAUAUGUUAUUUAAAAUGCAUCUCUGGGUUAUUUGUGGGGCAUAGGAAUUUGUUCAUUCCCCCCCCCAAAAAAAAAUAUAGUCCGGCCCACCACAUGGUCUGAGGGACGGUGGACCGGCCCACUGCUGACAAAGGUUGCUGACCCCUGGCUUAGAGUGUCUGGGGCAACCCAGCCAGGUGGGAGUCAUAUAAGUUAAAUCACCACCAUCAUCAAAUUUCAGCAGGAAAAGCAUGGGCAGCUGGCGAACUGCUAUCCCUUCGCAGAGGAGCAAAUGGACAGGAUGAAGGUUGCAAGGCGUCCUUGAGCAUGAAUAAAACAGGCAAUCAAAACCAGAGGAUGACCCUCGCUCUGUGAUGCCACCAUCAGCAGCUAGUUUGACAGCUAACAUCGGCAAUAUCAGAGGAAGCGUUAACCACGGAAGCGUUGCUCUGAUUAUAUGCCACUGCCUUCAAAUGCAAUAGCCAAGGAAGAAUAUUUGUGGGUCGGCCUCCCCCUGGAUUGCGUGCAGGUAAAAGCAUUCAAGAGCACCUUUGGUGUUUACCAAUUCAAAUCUCCUCCACUGACUGGAAUCACUAUGUGUGGGUAGUUUUCAUUUUUAAGCAAUUUGUCCAACCGUCCUCCAAACACAAGACGUACUGAGAGUCAUAAGAGGACUGGAGUAACGAGACGGCUGACAGUGAUACUGUAGCAUUCUUGAUUUGCCUAAAGUGAUUAUGUCCAAGAUUUUAGUGAAAGGUGUGUUGUUAUUCUUGAAUAUUUGUUUAAAUGAACAUAAAUAAAAGCCUCUUCAGUGCUAA